UUCUUACCAACAAACAAACACAUUAAAACCCAUUUUCUUUUUGUUCAUCUUCAUCUUCAUCUUCAUCUUUCGAAUUUUUCUCUACAGAUCCGAAAAUGAAUGAGAAUCUUCCAAUUCCAGCUUAUUUCAUAAUCACUUUUUUCAUAAGCCGUUUAAAAUCAAGCAUAAACAAAUCCAAGGCAUGGACAGCCUUAAACCACCAACCAAACACCCUCCGACACGAUCCCGAAGCUUUAACCUUAGCCUCCUCGGAUUACGGCAACAUGGUUAAAGAAAUCCCUGCUGCAGUUCUCGAACCAUCCUCAAUAAACGGCGUCGUUCACCUAAUCUCUUAUGCUUACAACAAUUCCGCUCCGUUUCAAAUAGCCGCAAGAGGACAAGGACAUUCCGUACGAGGUCAAGCAAUGGCCAAAAACGGCGUCGUUAUCGACAUGUCGGCGCUUCGCCGGAAUCGGAAAACCCCCGGAAUCGUUGUCUCCCGCCGUUGGACUACGGGGGAAUUUUACGCUGAUGUUGGCGGGGAACAGCUGUGGAUUGACGUGUUGAAUGCCACGUUGGCGUAUGGGGUCACGCCAGUUUCGUGGACGGAUUAUUUGUAUAUCACGGUCGGGGGGACGUUAUCAAAUGGAGGGAUCAGCGGGCAGAGUUUCCGGUACGGUCCGCAGGUCAGCAAUGUGGUGGAGAUGGAUGUCGUUACUGGGAAAGGGAAUAUGGUGACUUGCUCUCCCAAAAGGAAUUCUGAGCUUUUCCAUGCGGUUCUUGGAGGGUUGGGUCAAUUUGGAAUUAUUGCUCGGGCAAGAAUCGCUUUGGAACCGGCUCCAACUAGGGUUAAAUGGGUACGAAUGCUGUAUAGUAACUUUUCCGCAUUCACAAAAGACCAAGAGCGAUUGAUCUCAUUGAAUGGAAGGAAACAAACGAAUGCACUUAAUUAUUUGGAGGGUUUGGUUCUGCUGCAUCAUGGCUCACCGGAUAGUUGGCGCUCCUCAUUCUUUCCACCGUCCGAUCAUCCCAGAAUAAUCUCCCUGGCCAAUCAAAACUCUGUCAUUUAUUGCCUUGAAGUUGUUAAAUAUUAUGAUGAUCAUACUCAAUCUACGAUAGAUAAGGAGCUUGAAGUAUUACUAGAAGGCUUAGAUUAUGAGAGCGGGUUCAAGUUUGAGAAAGAUGUGACAUAUGUUGAAUUUCUAAAUAGGGUUAGGAAUGGAGAAUUGAAGCUUAAAUCUAAGGGGUUAUGGGAUGUUCCUCAUCCAUGGUUGAAUCUAUUUGUACCAAGAUCUCGUAUCUUGGAUUUCGAAUCGGGUGUUUUCAAGGACAUAGUAUUAAGACGAAACGUAACAAGAGGACCUAUCUUGAUAUAUCCAAUGAAUCGAUCCAAAUGGGACGAUAGAAACUCAACAGUAAUACCAGAUGAAGAAGUGUUCUACACGAUAGGGUUUUUGCAUUCAAGUGGGUUUGAUGAUUGGAAAAAGUUUGAAGAACAAAACCAAGAGAUAUUGGAAUAUUGCGGGAAAUCAGGCAUUGAAAUCAAACAAUAUCUUCCACAUUACAAAACACAGACACAAUGGAUCCAACAUUUUGGUUCCAAAUGGACAACUUUCCGAGAUAACAAAUUCAAGUUUGACCCUAAACAUAUUCUCUCUCCAGGACAAAACAUUUUCAAUUCCUGAAUUUUAUUUUUUAUUUUUCAUUUUUCAUUUUUCCUCGCAGUGUAAGCAAAUAUAUAUAUAUAUAGCUACGCAAAAAAGAAAAAAAAUAUUGUUGGGGUUAAAUUAUAUAAUAUAUUUUCAGCAUUAUUGUAUCUAAUUCAACCCUAAAUUAUAAAAGGAGUCAUGGCAAAUAUAGCAAUCUAA